CGACCAAUCGUCACGCUCCUCCGACGAUGCUUUACGGUGUUUACGCAACUUCAAGGGCGGAAGUUGGCCGGCUGUCAUUUGGCGACGUUUUUAAAAGCAAGUAAAAGUGACAGAACCAUAACAAUAUGGCUACGUACGCUCUGCUUUGCAAACUUGGAGUUGCUGGACUUUGUCGGAAGUGGUGUUGCUCCCGCGCGUUCACGUGCAGGGCAGCGGUCAACCAGCGGGCUCUGCCCGGCAAAGUGGACCGGUUCGGGGGUGUCACGGUGGACCUGGCCGACGUCGAUCUGCCAGAGGACAUCAGCGAAACUGCUUUCGGAAGCUUACUGACAGAUUCUUUGGCGCAGUGGAAAUCGGAGGGCAAGUUGGCCGUGUGGCUGCGCGUCCCCAUCGCGAUGAGCCGAUGCGCCGCCGCCGCCGCCUGCGCCCACGGCUUCACCUUCCACCACGCGCAGGACCGCUACGCCGUCCUGUCCCUCUGGAUGGGGGGAGGAGAAAGCAGGCUGCCCCGCUUUGCUACUCACCAAGUCGGAGUGGCUGGGGCAGUAGUCGACGAGUCCAAUGGAAAAGUUCUCGCGGUGCAAGACAAGAACAAGACGAAAAAUGCCUGGAAGUUCCCCGGUGGUCUGUCGGAUCCCGGAGAGAAUAUCGGAGUGACGGCGGUGCGCGAAGUCUUCGAGGAAACGGGCGUCCGUUCAGAGUUCCGAUCUCUGCUGAGCAUCCGUCAGCAGCACAACCACCCGGGCGCCUUCGGCAUGUCCGACAUGUACGUCAUCUGCCGCCUCCGCCCGCUCAGCUACGACAUCCACUUCUGCACGCACGAGUGCGAGCGCUGCGAGUGGCUCAGCCUCGCCGAGCUGGCGCGCACUGCCGACACAACGCCCAUCACGGCCCGAGUGGCCAGGCUGCUGCUGCACGGCCUGGAGCGUGGGUUCGAGUGCAUCGACCUUGCCAUGGAGGAGCUCCCCGCCGUCUACUCGGGGAUGUUUUACCAGCUCUACCAUCGACAAAUUCCUCCAUCUUAGCCAUAACGUACGACGCAAGGACCAGGACUGAACCUAGUGUUCUUGGUACAACUCUUGACUAUUUAUUAUUGGACUACUA